UUGCCGGCUCAGUCGCUGUGCGGGAGUGGUCACCGAGGGAUGUGCGGUAUCAUCGUAACCGAGUGCGACUAAAGAAAAACCGAAUCCGAAGCGUUUAUAAUAUAGUUUCUUCUUUUCAAGGCGUGUGUUUCUGCAUAUUAUCUUCGGCUAUAUUAUAGCUUUCUCGGGUGCGCACAUAUACUCUCUCUCUCUCUCUCUCUCUCUAUCUAUCUAUCUAUCUAUCUAUCUAUUUCUUUCUCUCUCUCUCUCUCUCUCUCUCUCUCUCUUUGUCUCGCUCGCUCACACGCUCUCUUGCGCGUGCGGUGUCUCUUUCUCUCUCGUUCUUAUACACGCCUCCCAACCGCGACGCGAUUAUUAAACUCCGCCGCGAGUUGUCUAGUCAGUUCUUUUUUUUCGAAGGAGCUCGUCGUCGUCGUCGUCGUCGUCACCCCGCCCUCUCUCUUUCUCUCUCUCUCUUUCUAUCAAUCUUUCUCUCUAUUCGUCUAUCUAUCUAUUUAUCUCUCGCGCUUUCUUCGCCCGGCGAUCGAAGAAUUAACCGGAUCGUCAUCUAACACCGCCGAUCGUGAUAUUUAUUUAAGUAUUAUUGUACAAAGACUAUAUACCACAUAGCCGACACAAUGUCCGUAGACAAAGAGGAAUUGGUGCAGCGUGCGAAGCUCGCCGAACAGGCGGAGAGGUACGAUGAUAUGGCAGCUGCGAUGAAAUCCGUCACCGAGACGGGAGUUGAGCUGUCGAACGAGGAAAGGAACCUCCUCUCAGUGGCGUAUAAGAAUGUUGUUGGCGCGAGACGUAGCUCGUGGCGAGUAAUCUCAUCUAUUGAGCAAAAGACCGAGGGCUCCGAACGCAAACAACAGAUGGCGAAGGAGUACCGGGAAAAGGUUGAGAAAGAACUACGUGAAAUCUGCUACGAUGUUCUGGGUCUUUUAGACAAGUACCUGAUCCCUAAAGCUAGCAACGCCGAAAGCAAAGUAUUCUACCUCAAGAUGAAGGGCGAUUAUUACAGGUAUCUCGCAGAAGUCGCCACUGGUGAAACCAGGAACGCUGUGGUAGAUGAUAGCCAGAAGGCGUACCAGGAAGCGUUCGAUAUCAGCAAGUCAAAGAUGCAACCCACCCAUCCGAUCAGGCUAGGUCUAGCCUUAAAUUUCUCGGUCUUUUAUUACGAGAUCCUCAACUCACCAGAUAAGGCCUGUCAGCUGGCCAAACAGGCGUUUGACGAUGCGAUCGCGGAACUGGACACAUUAAAUGAGGACAGUUACAAAGACUCCACGCUGAUUAUGCAGUUGCUGCGUGACAACCUUACUCUUUGGACCAGUGACACGCAGGGCGACGGGGACGAACCACAGGAGGGCGGCGACAACUAACCUUCCUAAGCUUAAGUCCUUUCUAAUCUAAUAAGAACAUCCUAUUCUCUAUCGUCUCCCCCGUCCCUUGAAGUGCUCACCCAUCUCCAUCCACCCCUGGAUCUCCAUCCAUCCAUUCAUUCACACCUGUUUUCUUUUCGUCCUCGCGUUUCCUUCUUCCGUCUCCCUUCCUCCCUCCACCCUAUCGCCUAUCCUCUACCCACCACUCCUUCCAUCCUUCCACAACACCCUCUUGUACUGUCCGUAUAUCUCCUACACCCUCUUCUAUCUUCCCUCCUUUUGUCACACUUUCGAAAAAACGCUCCAAAUCCUUUUUUUCUCUCCUCUACGGUAACGAAAAAAAUCUCCUUGUCUAAUGUCCCGCCAACAACAACAAUAACAACAACAACCAACAACAACAACAACAACAUCAACAUCACAUCCGCACAUCAUAAUAAUGUUGCCGAUGCCGUCGCCACAGCUAUACUACACUCGGCUCGAUAAUACCUCGAAUGCAAAGCCUCUCUACUGUACCAUCGAUAAAAAAAAAAUGGAUACAAAAAGAAAUGAAAAGAAAAGAAAGAAACAGUAAGAAGAAGAAGAAGAAGAAAAAAUGAUUCUCGGCCAUGUCCUUUCGUCGAAGCGAAAUACAACACAUCGCAUCCUUCCUCCUCCUCUCAUAAUCGUACGUUGCUCUCUCUCCUCUCUCUCUCUCUCUUUCUCUUUCUCUCGUCUCUCUGUCUCUCUCAUUCUUUCACUCUCAUAUACACACAUAACGCUACAUCUCUCUAUUAUUAAUAUAUCCAUACGCGGAACAAUGAAACCUUAUUGUUAUAUAUAAUUGGGAAAGAAGAGCGAUAAGAAAGAGAGAGAAAAGAAAGAGAUAGAACGGAUUGAGAUAUAAAUCUGGAUAAAUGUGCUGGACGAGCGAGCAACGAACGAACGAACGAGAGAAAGACGAAAAAAGAGAGAAAGAGAAAAUGAGAACGACUGAGGAUGAAUGAACGAACGAACGAACGAACGAACGAACGAAUGAAUGAAUGAACGAACGAACGAACGAACGAAUGAACGAACGAAUGAAUGAACGAGUGUAUGUAAUAAUGAACGUAAUAAUGAAUGAGAGAGAAAGAGGGAGCAUAUAAGUAAUAAUCAACCCCUCUAACGGGGGGUUGAUGGCUCGCCUCGUACGAGCAUACAUACAUAUUUGUGUGUGUGUCUGUAUAUGUGUGUGCGUAUCGUUGUUUCGCGACGAAAAGAAAUGGUACGAGCAUCAUCAAUAUGGAUUCUCUUGAGUAUUUUGACACGAAGUCUCUCAAAAGUGUUAAACGACAUUACAUCCCUGUAUAUUAUUUAUCCAAACGGAGAAAAACAGGAAACGAUAAAAUAAAUCGUCGAUGAUGAAGCAAAAAAAGAAAAGAGCUAAUAAUAAUAAUAAGGAUAAAUUAAAAAAGAAAAAUACAGAGAAAGGGAAAAGGACAGAAAGAAAUAAAGAAAAAAGAAAGAAAGAGAGAGAGAGAGAAAGAGAGAUGAAACAGAGGGUAUUUUCGCAGAUCUUGUCUCGUCGUUCGUUGUAUGUCUCUUUGAUGAAAUGUUGCGUCUGAGAGAGAAAGAGAGAAAGAGUAAGAGAAUUAACGUGAGAUAUAUAUAUAUUAUAUAUACACACAUACACGUAUAUGUAUUAACGUCACUAUAUAUGUGUGUUGAAGGAGCGUGAAAAGGAGAGAGGAGUUUCUAAUUAUGGAGAGAAACAUCGAGAGAGUGAGAGAGAGAGAGAGAGGGGAGAAUCUUUGGCGGCGACGGAAAAAUAAAAUUCAAGAUGUCAGUUUUAAAAUCACUAAGUACAAGAAAGAUAGCAAGCGUUUCUUCUGUGCGUCUUUUUUGUGUAUGUGCCGCCUAUGGUAUGUCACGCGUUGGAAUGGAAGAAUGAAUGAGUGAAAUGGAAUGAGAGAAAGAGAGAGAGAGAGAGAGAGAGAGAGAGAGAGAGAGAGAGAGAGAGAGAGGAGGAAAGAGAGAGGGAGAGAAAGAAUGAAUGAAUGUAGAAAAUGUUUGUAACUUUUUGCGCGUCAUGACGAGACACGAAAUGCGAAUAGUAUAACAUGAGACACCACCACCACUACCACACAACCACUACCAACCACAAAUGUCACUGUCACUAUUCCCAGAUCUGUUCGCUAUUUUACCGACUCUCAAGAGUAUCGCUAGAUAAAAACAAAGAAAAGGAGGAGCGCGAAAGUUCGAAGAAAAUAAUAUGCGAAGAGAGAAAAAAAUAAGAAAGAAAGAAAGAAAGAAAGAAAGAAAGAAAGAAAGAAAGAAAGAUAGAGAGGGAGAGAGAAAGAGAAAAAAAAUAAGCACGCAUGAAUCUAAACUACAUUAUUAUCCAGUUGUCAUUAAAUUAAAUUUCACAUUGUCUAGCAAGUACGAAUAUUAUUAUUAUUAUUAUUAUUAUACGAAGGGAAGAACGCAGGAGGAGAAAGGAGAGUAAAAAAAAAAGAAAAAAAAACAAAACAAAUACAUUAAGUUAUUAAGUUCCAAACGA